UCCCAUGGCUUCCUGCUUUGCGGUGCGGUUUGUUAUUGAAGCGUAGCUCCUUUAAAUGAGAGGGGAAAUGUUGACGAGUUGAUGAAGUUUGUUUGAUGAACGCCUACAUGUUAAGUAAUUUAAGGAUUUUUAACUCCUCUGUGAACCGGCUACGUUGAGAAAAACGCACAAUAUGUCUGGGGGUCAGGAGCAAGUCAGGAAGCGACGCCCCCCGAAAAUGUUUUUGAUCUCGACCGACUUGACGGUCCAGGACCAGCUGGAAGGAACCAUUCUGCUGCAGCGGGACAUCUGCCAGGAGCAGGACUCUGGCAAGAACAGAAGCGACAACCCCUGGGUCAAAGUCUUAGACAAUGGCUUCAUGUUGAAAAUAGAGAGGAAGUACCUGCUUGAAAUCCCCACUGAACUCACCGGCCUGUUGGAGCCUGUAUGUGAACCGGACGCUCGCCUUAAACUUCUAAGCAAUCCCAGGAAGCUGCAGCAUUUGGCAGCACUGCCUGUCGAUUCUCCGCUGUGGGUCCAGAUUGGCCUGCAGGACGAGCUGGCGGAGGCAGAUCUUAAAUACAUCGGGCCGCUGACCAGGGGCAGCAGCGCCGUGUUAUUCGGGGUGCAGCUCAAGGGUUCAGCAGUAGGUAAAGGAGUAAGCGGCGGCUCCUUUAAGGGCCAUCGUCUCUUCACCUGCCCCGAGGCCUGCGCCCUCUUCGUCCCCGUCAGCCACAUCAGGCUCCGCCACUGGUCUUCUCGCAACAAUGCCCCUGACGCAGCCCGUGAGCGAGACCACCACCACCAUCGCAGCAGCAACAAUAAUAACCCGCCCAGCAACGGGCACCAUGGCAACAACGACCGGCCGAGUCCUCCUCAGCAGCAGCAGCAGCAGCAGCAGCAGCAGCACAGUCGUCACAUCAGUUUCCACGUGAACCGUCCCAGAAGCCCUCCUCAGCCGGAGGCGUUGGGCAUCCUCGCUCGAACAGCGGAGUCGGCGCCCCUCGCAGCUCAAAGCCAGGUCCAGGUCCGAGGCCCAGCUUCGCCCCCUCAGCACCACGUCGGCCAGCGGGUGUGUUUCCCCCUGGAGAACAGCGUCUAUGGAGGGGAGGUGCGAUUCUGCGGUCUGCUGCCCGGACGGUCCUCCUCAGGGACGUACGUCGGAGUCCUUCUGGACGCUCCGGUUGGGAACUGGGACGGCCUUUAUAAGGGAGAGAAGCUCUGCCACAUUCCCUCCCCCCUCUACGGACUCCUUCUGCCAGUCACCAAGGUUUCCUCAGAGCCCAAAUCCCAGCGUCCCAUCCCUCCUCUCCAAAUAUCCAAAUCCAUCCUGAAGCCAGCACCGCCCCCCGUCACCAAACCGGGCCCUACGUCACCAUCUACCUCGGCCCCCAAAGUCGCCCUGAUGCCCCCCGGCAAACUCUCAGCAAUUAAACCUCCUCCGCUGCCUCCGCCCAAACCCUCCCACAAGGCCCUGCCUCCUCCCCCUCUCCUGCCUCCCAAACCCCGCAGCCCAACGUCGCCGACCUCCCCGGACCAGCUGCAGCACGCCAACGGCAUACACGGGCCGCCUUCGCCACUGAGGUCUCCUGACUACAGUGACCACGCAGAGGAGAGCGAGGAGGCGGGAGUGGAUGGCGAUCUGGAGGUGGGGUCCAUGGUGGAGGUGAACGAUCCUCCGCUGUUCGGGGUCAUUCGAUGGAUCGGAUACAUCAGUGGGAUUACAGAGCCGGUGGCAGGAAUUGAGCUGGACCAGGAGCUGUCUGCAGGAACAGAUGGCAGUUACCUCGGCGAGCGUCACUUCCGUUGCCCGGCCAACAAGGGUCUGUUCGUCAAGCUCCGCAACUGCAGACGGGACUCCAGGUUCCCGGCCCCCGAGACGCCUGUCAAUCAAGUGGAGCGAUGCAACUCCAUAGCCUUUGCGGAUUGGGGCAGCGAGCGGGUGGAGGAGCUCACCCCACCUGUGGACGGAGACGAGGCCGCUGAUCUCUACCAGGGCUGGAAGAGAGGCAUCCAGGGUCACCUCAACUCCUGCUACCUGGACGCUACACUCUUCAGUCUGUUCUCGUGCUGCAGUUCAGCAGACUGGGUGUUGUUCUGGCCCUCUGACUCUCAGACUGACAAAGACUCCAGUCAGGCUCAGGACCUGCUGCGCUGUGAGAUAGUCAACCCUCUGCGAAGGUAUGGCUACGUGUGUGCCAGUAAGACCAUGGCCUUGAGACGACUGCUGGAGGCCGCGAAUAGCGACAUGGGCUUCACCAACCAGGAGAAAGAUCCAGAAGAGUUCCUCAACAAGCUUUUCCAGCUCCUCCGAGUCGAGCCGCUCCUCAAGAUCAGAUCGAUGACUCGGCAGCCUCAGGAGGGCCACCUCUACCAGCUCUUCCCACCCACGCUCCCUCCCUCCCCCUCCUCCCCUUUACCCCUCUCCCCGAUGGACUCCCCCAUCCCUCUCGUCUUGCCAUCGCCCGGUCGGAUGAGGGUCGCCAGCGUCCAGGCGCUGCUGGAGACCUCCUUCCUCCACGCCGGCCUCAAGUUUGUCGAGGCUCCCUCCUGCCUCCUACUGCUCAUGCCUCGGUUUGGGAAGGACUUCAAGAUGUUUGACGCCAUCUUGCCGACCCUCAGCUUGGACAUCACAGACCUGCUGGACGACACUCUGAGGCAGUGCAGCAUCUGUCAGGCUGUCGCUGAGUGGGAGUGUCUCCUGUGUUACGAGGACCCCGACAUCACUCCUGGUCAUCUCAAACAGUACUGCCAGACAUGCAACACACAGGUCCACAGUCACAGGAAGCGGGCGUCCCACAGACCCGUGAACAUCGCCGUCCCCGGUGGACCGUGGUCCGGCCCUCUGCACUGCACCCGCCAGAGAAUGUCCCUCUUCGCCGUGACGUGCAUCGAGACCAGCCACUACGUGAGCUUCGUCAAGCACGGGCCCAAACCCGCCGACUGGCUGUUUUUUGACAGCAUGGCGGACCGGGAAGGUGGCGAGAAUGGCUUCAACAUCCCCCACGUGAAGGCGUGUCCAGAGGUGGGACGCUACCUCAGCCUGUCAGAGGAGGAGCUGAGCAGGGUUGACCCCGCCUCCUUGCGGGAGUCGGUCCGCCGCCUGCUCUGUGACUCCUACAUGUGUCUGUACCACAGCCCAGAGCUCAGCCUGUACAAGUGACACAACACAUAAACACACACACACACACACACACACACACACACACACACACACACACACACACACACACACACACACACACACACACACUGAUCAGCCUGAUCUGUCAGAUGACGUCCAAAAUAUUAGCUUUUGAGUAAUAAAUGUUACUCUAUUGAGUAUAAUAUGAAAAGUUCCAUAGAAGAGAUUUUUUCAGUCUCUAAGGUCCUGUUUACACUUAGCAGUAAAAAUGCAUUUUGGGUUAUUCUAGCCUCGGCGUGUGCUUCCAAUUUUCUGAAAAAUGAACAACCAUUGAAUCCAAACAAUGAUAAUAUAAUAUAUGUACACGCUUGAUUUGUGCAAUGUAAACUAAACUUCAGGAACUUUCAUACCACUUACAUUUGCUUAUAUUGAUGCUACUUUGUAUUAUUUUCUAUUUUCGAACAUAACGAAGUGUUGUACAAAAAGAGAAAGAGAGAAAGGAGAUAUGUGAUUUCUGGCUUCCUGAAUAGGAAACAGUCGUAACUUAAGAAGCGGGCCAAAAUAUAUUUAAAUUAUGCAGCAGAUGGAAUGUAUUUUUUCCCAGAUGGUUAAAAAAGUAUUUGAGAAUACUGGUAAUAAGUUCAGGACAGCGGUACAUGUUGUUAGACGACCCUCUGGGGCUCUUUUCCAGAGAUGGCAGAGUAUUGGUAUUUCAGCAAAUUGGGUGUGUAGCUCCGUCUGAUCGCACUGGAGAUGCAUUUGAGACGUUUCCUCUGAACUCAGAAAUCCAGUUUCACCUGGAUCACCUUUAGGCCACAUCUCAUGAUACUAUCUGCCUGAAGGAGGGAGAUAAGAAGGCGUCAGAACUACAUGAAAUCUAUAAUGAAACAGUCUGCCGCAUUUACAUAAGAACAGCCGUAUGAUCCAAUGUGCCUUUAGGCCUAAAGAACAAACAGCCUGUAGUUUUAUUGGUGGUUUGAACUCGAUGGUAAAUUAGUCGUGUGGGUGUCAGUACUGGUCUCUAGAGUUAAACUGUGCCUUAAUAACGCUCACACGCUGUAGGAAACCACCGUGCCUGUAACAUGUAACACACUUUACUGUUUCAAUUUGCACUGCUUCAUUUACAUGUCAGUAUAUGUGUGUACAUAAGAGCAUUGCCUUAAACUGACUGUGAAGAUUGUACUUUUGCAUUGCUUACGGGUUGUUUGAUACAAUACAGCUGCUAUUAAAAGCUUUGA